AUUUCCUCUCUCUCCAUAUUAUCCACAAUCUGAAUUGGAGUUUGGCCUCUCCUUAAAACCACCGGAUUUUUCUUUGAUUGGAGAGAGAGAGAGAGAGAGAAAAAAAAAAGAGAGUAAGUAAAUAAAUAUUUUUAAUUUCUGGGAGAGGAGUUUUUGAUAUUUUUUUUUUGUGAGGUAGAGAGCUCAGUAUACAGUCUCUCUACCAAACAAGCAAACAAUUUUGCUUCUCCUUUUAUCUAUAACACUUUUUUUUCCUUCUGUGAAAACACUGGCACCUUUUCAAUGGCUCUCCCUCAGCUCAUUCCUUCUUCUUCCUCUUCCUCUUUAUCCCAUAAACCCAUUUUAAACCCCAACUCCAUUUCCUCUUCCUUAAUCCCUAGCCCUAGAUUCUUCUCUCCCGCCUCCGCCGCCGCCCCCGCCCUUUUUCGCCAUCGCCACCACAAACCCAAUUCACUCAAGUGUUCUGCUUCAUCUUUCCCCGAAAAACAUCACACCGGCUCUCCUAAAUCAGACGAUGUUGUUGAGCUUCCGCUUUUUCCCCUUCCUCUUGUUCUCUUCCCUGGCGCUAUUCUUCCUCUGCAGAUCUUCGAAUUUCGUUACCGGAUGAUGAUGCACACUCUACUCCAAACCGAUCUUCGCUUUGGAGUUAUUUACACUGAUGCAGUUUCCGGUACCACGGAUGUUGGAUGUGUUGGUGAGGUUGUUAAACACGAGCGUCUCGUUGACGAUCGAUUCUUCCUUAUUUGUAAAGGCCAAGAGCGGUUUCGAGUCACUAAUCUUGUUCGGACGAAACCGUAUCUUGUUGCUGAAGUUACAUGGCUUGAGGACCGGCCGUCCGGGAAUGGUGAAGAGGAUUUGGAUGCGUUGGCGAAUGAGGUAGAAUCGUACAUGAAGGACGUGAUUCGAUUGUCGAAUAGGUUGAGUGGUAAGCCGGAGAAAGAGGUUCAGGAUUUGAGAAGGAAUUUAUUCCCAACUCCUUUCUCGUUCUUCGUUGGAAGCACGUUUGAAGGUGCGCCGAGAGAACAACAAGCGUUGCUUGAAUUGGAGGAUACGGCGGCGAGGUUGAAAAGGGAGAAAGAGACAUUGAGAAACACUCUUAAUUACUUGACCGCUGCUUCUGCUGUUAAAGAUGUAUUUCCUUCGAACAGUUGAAAGACAAGUUUGAGAGGUUUCUAUCGAAAUUCAAAACAGAUUGAGCUAGAUCGUUGAAGCCCAAGGAAGCAAAUUGAAGAUUUUGGUUGCACUUGGAUAUUUAUCUGGAGUUCUAUGGCUUUCAAAGUUAAACAUCUAGAACCUAGAGAUGUUCACUUUUAGGAUCAGAGUCAGACAUUAGUCUUUGAUUGUAUGGAAGCAUUUCCUGUACCUGAGAAAGCUAAAUUAGCUCGCUCUUGUGGGUAAUGUAAAGGUGGAGGGGGAAAUAGCAGUACAUUCUGUUGGAACAUUGGAUGGUCAAAUUUCUUAAUGUUCUGUUUUGUGAUGA